UGCAACCCUCUCCCUUCCCAAACCCUCCUGCUUCUUCUCGCCCCCUGCAAGAUUUUUAUUUUUUAAAAAGAAGCAAGCGAAAGACACCCCCCCCGUGUUUGUUUGAUUAUCCGAGCUUAUUUUCUGGGAAUUGGGGAAGGGAAAGAAGGUGGUUGGGGGGGGGGAAGCAACCGAGCUCUGGAAAUGUGGAAAAGCAGAGGAGGUUCGGAGCUUCCGAGAGCUUUGCUGCUUUGGGAAGCUCCCCCUGGAAGUGGAUUAGAGUUGGCCAUGGCAGAUUCAUAUUCCUACAGAGGUGGGAAGAAAGUGGCUGGAACUAGCAAGACCAGCGCAGACAAAGACAGCAGCAAGGCAGAGAUGAAGAUAAACCCGGCGUAUGAGCAGUCAAGGCUUGGAAAUGCAACUAACGAUAAAACGGAAGGCAAAAGGAAAGGGAGGCCAAAGGCAGACAGCCAGGCCCUGAAGGAUAUUCCGCUGCCUCUGAUGAACCAGUGGAAAGAAGAGUUCAAGGUCCACUCCAGGGUGAAAUGCCCCAACUCGGGCUGUUGGCUCGAAUUCCCCAGCAUCUAUGGCCUGAAGUACCACUACCAGCGCUGUCAAGGGGCAAGGAGGAUGGAGGGUACCGUCGUGGAGAAGCGGACUUUCCCGUGCCCGUUCUGCGAAGCCACCUUCACGUCCAAAACCCAGCUGGAAAAGCACCGUCUCUGGAACCAUCUUGACCGGCCGCUGCCGGCCGCCCCUGCCCCGGUGGAAAACAGGUCGUCGAAAGUCUCCGGCAAGGGCAAGAAAAGAGCUGCCGAGGGUUCAGCUUCCCUCACCAUCCAUCCCAAACAGGCAAAGGUGGAGAAGGCCGCCGCCCUGCAUCGCCCCGAGAACGGAGAAUGUGCGGCCGUGAGCCCGGGCAGCAAAGACUUCCAGACCAGGGCGGCCGCCAUGCCUGGCACUCAGCUGUCGGGCGGCAAGGGCUCCAAGCAUCAGUCGAGCAGGCAGGCCUCUGAGCAGGAGGAAGACCCCGAGAGGAUGAAGCACAAGUUAGGAAGGAAACAGAAAACUCCUAAGAAAUUUACUGGAGAGCAGCCGUCCAUCUCCGGAACAUUUGGACUGAAAGGGCUGGCGAAAGCAGAGGACAAGGCGAAAGCACACAGGGCAAAGAAACUGGAGGCAUCUCUGAGCAGCGCCAGCAAUGAAGAUCUGAAGAAGAAAACGCCGGGGCCCAGUAUAAGAAAGGAUGCGGCCCCGACAGCAGCAGCUCCUUCUGCAACAGUGAGCCCAGAAGAGCAGUGGCAGCGGGCGAUCAAUGAGAGAGGGGAGGUGGCUUGUCCGACCUGCAGCAUGAUUACCCGGAAGACGAUCCUUGGCCUCAAGAAGCACAUGGAAGUCUGCCAAAAACUGCAGGAUGCCUUGAAAUGCCAGCACUGUAAGAAGCAAUUCAAGUCCAAAGCCGGUUUGAAUUAUCACACCAUGGCCGAACACGUCAACAAGCCAGUUCCUGUGGAAGCCGCCGCCCCUCUCAGCGAGCACGAAGAGCGGGAGAGGUUGAGGAAAGUACUGAAGCAGAUGGGGAAACUAAAAUGCCCUGUCGAGGGGUGUGUGGCUACUUUCUCCAGCCUUAUGGGGUACCAGUACCACCAGAAGCGGUGCGGGAAGCAGCUGUCCGAGGUGGAGAAGCCCGUCUUCACCUGCCUGCACUGCGGGAAGACGUACAAGUCGAAAGCUGGACACGACUACCACGUGCGGUCGGAGCAUCCGUCCACGCCUCCUGAACAGCCCGAGAUAAAGCCUGAAGUCAGCCUCGCCGAAGAUUUCGAGAGGACUCCGAGCGGCAGGAUCCGGCGCACGUCAGCCCAGGUCGCCGUCUUCCACUUGCAGGAAAUCGCCGAGGACGAGCUAGCCAAGGACUGGACCAAACGGAGGAUGAAGGACGACUUGGUGCCCGAGACAAAGCGACUAAAUUACACCCGUCCUGGGCUUCCGAAGCUCAACCCGAGGCUUCUGGAAACCUGGAAAAACGAAGUGAAGGAAAAAGGACACAUCAACUGCCCUAAUAACUGCUGCGGUGCCAUCUAUUCCAGUGUGUCCGGUUUGAAAGCCCACCUUGCAAACUGCAACAAGGGAGACCACUCUGUGGGGAAGUAUCGUUGUCUUCUGUGUCAGAAGGAGUUUAGCUCAGAAAGCGGCGUCAAGUACCACAUCAUUAAGACUCACUCGGAGAACUGGUUCCGGACUUCCACGGAGGCCAUCCGGAAGAAAAAGAUCAGCGAGCCGACCUCUCCCAGCCACGAGGAGGAGAAGAAAAGCACGGAUGGGAAGAAGAGGGGGCGGAAGCCGAAGGAAAGGCCUCCAGAAUCUUCCGCCAAAAGCAAAGAGAUAGGCAAGACGAACCAUAAGAAACCGGCGGGGCCCUGGGAGGCCGCGGACUUCAGCCCCGAUGAGAGAGAGCGAGGUAACAAGCCCCCCCACAGCAAGAAAGGGGGGUCCAGUAAAAUGCCAGAGAAAUAAGCCGUCGUUUUGGGGGGGAGAAAACGAAACGAAACAAAACUCUCUAAUGAUUAGUUUACAGCCCAGGGUAAUGUGGCGGAGGGAGGGGAGAGCUACCCCCAGUAUACGCUGGGCCCCUCCAACUUCUGCUCAUCCCUUUUUUAAAAACGAAAAACCACUUUAAAAUCACGGGACAUUUUGUUUUCACCACUGGAAGAAGAGAACGAAACGAGGAACGGCCGCUGUUAUUUUUCCGUCGGAAACCUCUGCGGAUUGUACAUAACCCCCUCCCGCUGCGGUGGUGGGCACAUGUGGGUCAGGCGCCCCUCGUCCAGGGGCAGGUGGAAUAGUAAGGUGGUUUGUCGGCAGCCUCCUUCCUUUCUUCCUGCCUCUGAAUUCGAACCCAAUGCCACUCAAGGAAAGAGAGGGAGAAGGAAAGAGAGAGCAAACGGGGGUUUGCUCAAGCAAAGGGAGAGGAAAGUGCAAUAGGAACCCAGGCGUAAGCUGGUAAAAAUUCUUUUUUUAAAAAAGCUAUUAUUAUUUGUGGAUUCCUUUUCAGGUAGCAGUCAUGUGUUAGGAAAUAGAGCUGGUGGGAAUUUUACAGAUGAAAUUAUUGUUGUGAUUGUGGUUGCGAACCAGCUUUCUUUUAUAAUUUUCAUAGGAGAUGCUUUUUUUACGAAGGAAAAAAGGAAAAAACAAAAACCCGACGAGGUCGUUUGACGACCGACGUUUCGGGAUUGUCGUUUCGUUAGGUUCUGUUCACGUUUUAAACGUUACUCUGAUUUGGGACCCGGUUCCCCGUUUUCAGUUUGGGGAGCUAUGUCCUUCAGUUGUCAAGGUUUGGGGAUUAGGGCGGGGAAGGGGGAGGGUUUUGGCAAUGAGACGUUUUUGGAAGCAGGCCUGUUGGGAGUUUUGAAAAUGGCCGUUCUCUCGCUGCGUAAAUUAUUGCCUGGGAGCCCCUGCAGGGGGAAAUCACAAACAUUUUUUUAAAAAGGCAUAUUUCUUUGAGGGGGAAGCUUUGAACGGAAACCGCUUAUUGCGGUGCAAAAUAAACUUCAUGAACGUUUAUUCUGCCUGGAGGAAGUAUCAAACCAUAAAGGAGCCACAGAGCCGCGAAUAACUUCUGGGCCUCAGCUCCAUCCUUUCUGCUGUUUCCUUGUUGAGCACAGAAGGUCUGAAGCAGGAUGUUGAGUCGCGUUUGCUGGAAUCUUCCAUGCAGUCGGAAAGGCUCCUCUGGUGUAGCGCUUAGAGCAUUGGAUUAGGACCCGAGACACCCGGGUUCAGAUCCCUUCGCUUGCCUGUGAAGCUUGCCGGGUGACUUGGCCCGGUCACAGCCCCUCAGCCUAACCUACCUCACAGGGUUGUUGUGAGAAUAAAAUGGGGGGGGGAGAGUGAGAGAACACGCUGCCCUGAACUCUUUAGAGGGAAGGUGGGAUCUGAAUGUAAUAAUAAGCAAGUAAAUAAAGACAAAAGCAGAGUUCCCAAUCGCGAGGUGGCUUAACCUCACAUUCAGGAAAACACGGGUAGAAGUCGUCCUUCAGUCCACCCCUGUUCUCUAGGGGAAAGUUGGGGACGGAGAUGGGGUUUGAUAUUUCCUGCUCAUGCAGAAUGCCUGAACUUGGCUCAUUAAAACAAAAAUACCAGGAAGGUCUCACCAACUAUAAUUAAAUCAUUGGUUGACUUCUGCAACGCAGAGGGGAUGCCAACCAUAUUGGGCCAGCGGGCCCAUUUGGGAUUUUGAGAAAGUGCCGUGGACGCCGGUCACAAAAUGGCCGCCGUGGGGAUGAGGCGCCAUCCAAGAUGGCUGCUGCAAGAGUGCGGCAUGAUGCAAAAACAGCUGCUGGGGAAGGGGGAGCCAACAGGAUCUGAGCAGAAAGAUUGAACAGGCUCUCUCGUGUAUUGUGGAUUUCUGAGGGGAAUUUUGCUGAGACUUUUUUUGCAGGCGCCGUUGGAGGUGUGGAGGCCGCCUUGGUUGGUGACUCCUGCUAUAGAUGGUGGGAAGUGUACUUGAAUAGGAUUGGGUAUGUCCUGGCGUGUUAUAUUAUGUUAAUUCAGCAUAACAAACACCUCAGCAUUUACCUCAGCUUGUGGGGCCUUGAGUUGAAACCAGUCUCUCUGCCAUCACAUGGUGAAUGGAACCAGUAUGUGCUGCCCAAUAUCAGGAAUUCCCAGAAGUGCUUUUUGGCUGUAUCCUAAAGCGCCAGAUUUAGGCCAUAUGAAAAUUUGCCCCUAGUUCUAAGUAAGGUGAUUAAACCCUCUUUCCGCCAUCUCUGAAUUUUCGAAGGAUAGACACCUUCUGGCCUAAGCUUUGCUUUUUCUUCAUAACACGCUUCUGGGAUCAAGGCUGGCUACUGUUUAUGUAUGGAGAGGGAUAUUUUUAAGGCAGGGGUAGUCAACAAUGGUGCUUUGUUGAACUAAAACUCUUACCAGCCAAAGCCAGCAUUGAGAACGGUCAGGCAUGCUGGGAGUUGUAGUACAUUGAUGGGGAGAAGUUCAGACUCCCGAGAUGUCAGUCCCAUUUCACUUCAGUGAAGGUGUAGCUCUAACAGCCUUCCUCAACCUCAUGCCCUCCAGAUGUUUUGGAGUACAGCUGUUACGGCUGAUGGGAGUUGUAUUUGAGGCAUAAGAAGCCAACUGGAAGUCUUUGAAGCUUAGAAGACACUUUGGGCUUGCGGUUGGCAAGUCUUGGGGUUUGACUUGACGAUUUUAGCUUCAGGGUUCCUAGGAGAAGGAAUGGAAUGAUCAAAUGAAGAGCCAUAAUAUAGGAUGGCAGUGUUCGCAUUGAGAGCUUUCGGCAUUCACAUACACAUUCAUAGAAUCAUAGAGUCGGAAGGGGCCUGCGGAUCAUCUAGUCCAACCCCCUGCAAUGCAGGAAUCUCAACUAAAGCAUCCAUGACAGACAGCCAUCCAACAUCUGCUCAAAAACCUCCAAGGAAGGAGAGCCCACCAGCUCCCGAGGGAGACUGUUCCACUGUCAAACAGCUCUUACCAUCAGAAAGUUCUUCCUGGCGUUCAGUCGGAAUCUCCUUUCUUGUCACUUGAAGCCAUUGGUUCGUGUCCUGCCCUCGGGAGCAAGAGAAAGCAAGCUUGCUCCAUCUUCCAUGUGACAACCCUAUACAGUAGAUAUUUGAAAACGGCCAUCCUAUCUCCUCUCAGUCUCCUCUGUUCCAGGCUAAACAUGCCCAGCUCCUUCAGCUGUCCCUCAUCUUGAGCUACUAGUUUCUUUCCCUUAACCAGCCAAGGUGCCAUUCUUCUGAAUUAAAUUUCAACCCACUUGACCUCUUUAGCUACAACAACCCAACAAGGCAGAAGUGCUUACGGAGGAGAACUGGGCAUCAGUUUGCUUGUUUGUUUAGCUUUGUUUGCUUUUUGAAGUUUGCACUGCUGCAAACUGCUUCUCUGUAGUGGUCCCUUCAAGCUGGCCGGGGCUGAUGGGAAUCUGCAGGGCGCCAGGUUGGUGAAGCUGGCUUUAGAGUGAUGUGCAGACAAGGCCAAUAGCAGCAUGACAGAAAUGCUUUUCCUGCACCAGGGUAAGAGGAGGCCGCAGUAUCUCCAGAACACCUUCCAUGCGUUCUGCUCUUUUAAUGAUUUCUUGUCUCUGGCCUUUGACGCUAUCGUCAAAGUAAUAUCUAAUUUAAUGGUUUUAGCACAGGAAAAACUUGGGAUGGAAACUACCCUCUAAUGAAUAACAAGGCCGAAUGAUCUGUCCCAUCCCCUCUCCCACUGAAUUUCAGAAGGUAAACCUUUUUGUUAAUUAAGCUCCUGCCAUUAUUUCUCUCUCUCUCUCUCUCUCCACCAGUUCAUAGUCCUUUCUUCACGCUGGAAAGACCUCAUUCAGUAAUUUCAGAGGGGCGGGGAAAUCAUUAACGGAAUGCCUAGAAGUGUCAACUUAACUCUUUGUCAGGUUGGCUCUCUGGGGAAAUCUAAGGCUGCGUGGCCUGUCUUGGCGGCUGAAUUAAAACAUCUGCAUUUCUCGCAGUAUCAAGGAGUUGGCAGGCAAAAGUCAGAAGGACUUGCACUUAUUUAAUCAAGCCCCUCAAAAGUCUUGGGUCUGUUGGAACCAAGAUGCUGGUUACUUUUUUGUGCACACAGAAGCUUUUCCUUGGCCGGUUCAUUGCAGGGAAGCCACAGGUGCAAGAUCUACCAACUGCGUCACCUUUAACAAGAUAGCUGCCUGUUUUUUUUGCAAAAGUCUCACAGUCUUUGAAAAGCAGGAAGGAGGAGGAAGGGAGCAGAGUUCAGCAGUAGAACACCAGGUCUACAUAACAGGGCCACCCACUUCAAUCCCUGGCAUCUGCAAUUAAGCGAGGAUCAUCUACCUUGCUUAUUAUGCUCCUCCCGAGGACUGCUCCACACCAGAUGCAGCCGCAACCCUGUGUUCUUGCCAAGCGGUCAGGAUUGGCACAGUUUUGCCAGCCCAGGGUUGCAGGCAGCUGCAUCUGCACCAAGCAGGUGUUUGGCCACAUUCAAACACUACGUUUUCACGAGUAUGCUUAAAUCCUCUUAAGGUGCGCACUUUUAAAAAUUGUACGGUUCAAAAUGGCCCUCAAACAACUACGGUACAUGGCUUCAACUUUUUAAUCCCCAGCCCCACAAACCACUGUACUACAUUUCCUUCUGUGGGAACAAGGGUUGCUGUUUUUUCUAUGUCUGUAUUCAUAUACCCAUUUGGGGACCAUAGGGAGUGAGACAUUGGGGAUGAGAGCGUACAGGUCAUGGCAGCCCUGCAAAAUAGCACACUGCAGUUAUGCCCAUAUGGGGGGUGGGGGGUGAGUGAAGUGUAUGACAAUCCUGCAGGGUAGUCUAUAGAGAUGUGGCACCAUAUUUUGAGCAGUCCCCCCCCCAGGGAAAUGCAGUGGGGACGAGGGGAGGGCUCUCAAGCUCACGGUAGGAGCAAUGUAGGGUGGGGAAAGGGGUGAUUAAUUGCUAUCCCAUCCAUAUGAGGGGGGGUAGGAUCUUGUGGGUAGGUUGCUGCUGCUUGCAAACAAAUAAAUAAAUGGGUAUAUUUGUUUUGCACACAAAAAGGAAAGGGAAGAGAAGAGGCAGCGGAGGCUGUUUCAAAAUAUCUGAUGAGGUUGGUCAGGACCGGCCCUACCAUUAGGCAGGUGUGGAAAGCAGUGUUUUGUGAGUGCCUGAGCUCUCUUAAGCUAACCUGCUGCCCUCAGUUAUAGAAAAGGAUACCGCCCCAUCACCAGUGUUGGUAUUCAGCCAGUCCAGUCGCCUUCCGUGCAUGGAAUUGGGAAGAGGCCGCCACCUUGUCCUCUGCCUCAGGCGGCAAAAUGUCUUGGUUUUGCCACCACUGGAGAAACCACUGAAGGUGGAUCAGCGAUCCCUCCUUAAAGCACAUAAGCACCCUUUGCCUCCCCUCCCCAGAUUGAUGAAAGGCACCCCCCCCCCUCCAUUAUUUACCACGUGGAAACAGGUUUAGCAGCGGUGGGGAAAGGGGAAGGCCCAGAAUUACAAAGGAAGUGCUCAGGUGCAAAUGCUGCAGCUUCUAUAAUUAGCUCUCAAAGCCAUCCUCUGUGCUCCACAGCCUCACUUUAUAGAUUUGCUACCUGUGGUUUUAGCAGACCGUUGGUAAAGAACAAAGCAGGAGGCGGGAAAGGUUGUUCUCGUUUGUUGAGCACCUUAAGUAGGUAGGCAGAAGGCAGCCAGAGAUAAAUAGCAGCUGAUAAUUUCUUGCCUUUGAACCCUGGAAACCUGGCAGCUGGGUAAGCCAUCCUACCUGACCAUGGCGCCAGGCCUAAUAGGACUGGCUCACCUGGCAGGGCAGCAAUGGUCCACAACAAUAGUCUCCUGGCAGCAGCGCCACGGUUGCUUACUGGGAGGUUGGCAGUGGUGGUGAGGUUUAUGCUGUGCAGUUGCCCCAAUGAGAGCCCCAGAUUGCCUCUUCCGGUGCUUGGGCAACCCAGCUGCCUCGCCCCUCCUGGUGAACGGCCGCAAUUCCUGUGCCAGGAGGCUGUUGCUGUGGGUGUGCCACUCCAGGAGAACCAUUCCUCAGCCCUAGUGCGGACUGUCUGAAUCAAUAGUUCGGUGGUGUAGCAUCUGUGCGUUCAGAAAGUCCCAAGUUCGCUCUGCUUCAUCCCUCUUUGUCCAUGGUCCGCUCAGGCUGCCUCACUCUUCCAUCCCACCAGAGUCCCUUCCUUCCUUCCUUCCUCCCUUCCUUCCUCCCUUCCUCCCUUCCUUCCGUUUCCUCUUUCGCUUUUCCUGACUUUAAAAAGUCCCCUUCCUCCCCUUUGCCGUGUAGUUCCGGAAUAAUUGGAAGGACAAGCCGAGAACAAGCUGACGUGCGUGUGGGCGCAGCACCCUGAUAUCAGGUGAUUCCCAGUCCUGAAUGUAACUCCCUGCUCUGUCCAUCCCUAGUUCUAGCGUCCAUGAUUACCCUAUUCACCUAUGGCGAGCAACAAUCAGGCUGCAGGCGGCUAGGCAAGGAUCCUUCCGUACAAUGGGAGAGAGCUGGUUCAUUCACAUUGUGUCCUGCUGAUGAUAAAGUCAGGUCUGGGCAAGGCAGCGAAUGGAAAUGGUUUUGUGUGCUUCCAAUGACGUGUUUGCAAAGGUUACACUUUCUGCUAGACAAACUCCAGGGCUGUGCAAUGCUUUGCUUUCAACCAUGGCACUUUCUCUCAAGCACUUGCAUUAUCUCAAGUAAUCCAAAUAACAAGUCGCCAAUGUUAUUAUCUCCUUAUUGCAGAGGGAAGUUAAGACUAAGAAGCUAGUCUAAUAAGCCAACCCAGUGAGUUCAUAGCUGUGCUGAGAUUUGAGCAGGGGGCUCGUAGCUUAUUUGCUUAAUGCAAGAUCCUUUCCAUUUACGGCUUUGGGACUGAAAUGUAGUCUCCCUAGAGUACCUCUCGUCUACUGAUGCAUGGAGAUAUCAUGGCAACAGCUCGUCUCCAGAGGCACAAGUGACAUAUUUCUAGUGUCCUCCAGAGGCUGGCUGCAAAAUAGACUUUGCUGGUUGGGUCGGACUGACUGCACGUUUUCUCGCUGGCUGUGUGCAAUAGGCAUUCGCGUUACAGAUCCUUGCCUGGGGAUUCAGGAAAAAAUAAUGCAAAAUCACCUAGGCAAAGUCGGGCCUUUGCUCUUGUGCAUUUCUGCUUAUAGACUGGUGCAAAUAGAUUGCUAAUGAGAACAGCCAAAAUGUCUCAAGGUGAAAAGGAAGUGAGAGUGAACUGCAACCAUAAGCAGAGUUUCGAUUUCAGGAGUACUUCAGAUGAAUGGGGUUGUAACCUGGAGGGGAGCGCCCAGGGUUGCAAGCAGCAAAUUCUGAAAUGUGGCAGCUCUUUGUGACAACCCCCACAGCCCUGCCCCUCCUAAGAACAUACCGCAGUAAUGAAUUUUUGGCUACUGCAGACGUUAGGGCUUCAGUACCAAGCCAGUUUGUUUCUUACCCCCAACUCCCGCCUUGCUUAACAUGCAGGCUGUUAAACUCAAAAGCUUCCUGUCAUGUGACCUUUUGAUAGAUCAGAUAAUAAAAGGAACUUUGCGGUUUUUCAGAAUAAAAGUUAGCAGUUCGGUCCUUUAGCCAUUCACGCUACUGCAACAUACCUCUUCUUCUGCUUAGCUUAUUUCAGGUGUAGGAAGCCUGAGACCCUCCAGGGGCUGUUGCAUUGCAAUGCUCAUCACCCUUGACCUUUGGCCAUGCCGGCUGGCGUUGAUGGGAGCUGGAAUGCAAAUGCUCCCUGUCCCUGGCUUAUUUGGUGGGUUGUUUUUUCCCUCUUUUAUUUGGCAUGCCAAGGAAUGGCAAGAAAACGGGGGACGAUGGCAUCACCUCUGCUGUGAAAUGCGGGGUGGCGCUUCAUGCCUGCCCUGCUACACCCCUGGGAGUGUCCCCCCCCCCAAUUUCCGCUCCCAAGAACCACCUCCAAGCCAAUCCUGCUACCUCAGUUUUCUUAAUGAAAAGCUAUUCACCUCAACCUGUCAUUGAUUUUGAGUGGUGUACGAAGAAUGAACCAGUUCAGGAUCCCCAUGAAUCACCCAGUCCAACAUUUCAUUCUGGUUUAUUUAUCCGAGUUGCAUGUUUGAUUGAGGGAUGCCAAGUGAGCUUGAGAUAAGCCGAGAAGGACCCUCGAAACUAGCUCACGCGUGAGCCAAAGGAAUGAUCUGGGCCGUGCUCCCCAAACCUGGUGCCUUCCAGAUGUUGUUGGACUGCAACUCCCAUCAUCCCGGACCAUGUUGUCGGCGGAUGAUGGGAGCCGGAGUCCAGCCAUCUCUGAAGAGCACCCAGUUGAGGAGGUGAGCCUGGAUCAUGAAUUCUAAUUCUUCGGCUUCUGAAAGCUCCUCUUCCCAGUCUCCUCGAUCUUGACCAUUCACUGUCGUCCCACCACUGCUCCGUGGGCUGUGACCCUUCUUUCCUUGGGGGUUCCCCAGCUGGUUCCUCCUGCCACUCCUCUUUGCCCAACCACUCCCUGACAUGAUGCUUCAAUCUUCCAAAACUUUUCUUUCUUGGGGGUCUCCCACUAGGCCAAGGGUGGGGAGGCUCAGGCCCAGGGGCCCAGUGUCCAAGCCUCUCCCUCUGGUGCUUGGGAACUCUCAACAGGCCACACUUCUUGGGCCCAGCCCUGUGCCUGCCUCAAACGUGUUUGCAUCUUGGGUGGAGGACAAAGGGGGGUUGUAUAGGAACUAGCCUACUUUUGCUUCUGGCCCCACCUGCCACUGGGAUGUGGCCCCCAGAAGAAAUGCCCAGAAGGGGAUAUGGCCCUCAGGCUGUCCUAGACUGUGCAAUAACUUUCUGGGGGGGGGGAAUCUAAAGCCAUAGAGCGUCGUCCUCCUGGGGAAAGCCAUCGGCUUCUUUGGACUCUUGUCCUGAAGAAUCUAGAUGUAUUGCAGCCUUCCCCCAGCUGGCUGGAGCCGAUGGGAUUUGGAGUCAAACAUAUGGAGGGCACCAGAAUGGGGGAGGCUGCCUGAAACAGAUACAGCUAAGUGACAGAUCUGAAGUUUGAGUGAUGUGCGUCUUGGGGUUACAGGGGCCGGUUCACAAGACAUUUUGUUCCUGAACUGUGUGGUUCUUGUGCUGUUAACCCCCUUCUAAGCGAAGGACAUAGAAGCUUGCACUUAGAAAAAAGCACACGAAAAACCCCAAAUAACAGGAAGAGAAAAUAUAUAUUCAAUAACUGAAAUAAUAAAGUGUGGAGACUUUACACAUUUACGCAUGCUUUCCUGUGCACGGAUUAUUUUGCCCCAGUCUGAACAUUUGUGGAUUUUUUUUUUAAAGUUAAAACUAGAUUUAAGAAGGGUUGGGAACAAUGGAUCCCUGGGAAGGGGGCUAAUGUGGGUGGGUGGGUGCAAAAUAUGACGGGUUGUUUUGGGGCAGGGGAGGGAACUGGAAGAAGAUCUCCUACCUCAUUUUCCAGCCAGUGCAACCCAAACUUCCUCUGGCUCAUAAGCCUCUAGAUGACUUCAGGGUUUUGUUUCCUUUUCCUGCCUCGAUGAGGGCCAGGAGCUUAUUUUUUACACAAUGAAAACUGACCUUGCUCAGGGUUCACGGUGAGCAGCAGCCUCUCGUCCUAUUUGAUCCUGUUCUCACGUUUGACCUCAGAAAAGUUCUGCCGGGGCUUUUCUCCCUGCGACUGCUGCACUCACGACACAACUGAAUUGUAUAAGUGGCGGGUUGUUCCAUCCGAACGGGCCAUUCAUACUGGGUCGCCGUCAUUUCUCCGCAAAUUGCGUUGCAGCCACCGCCAUAUAUAAUUUCUAGACCAGCUAGCAAGUGAGGCGUUAAAUUUCGGUUUCAGGGAAUAUAGGGCCAGGCAGUAAGCAUCCUAUAUAUAUUUUAAGCCCUCUGCCCUUGGGGAGCAACACCCACCCCUUUCCACUGCUCCCCAAGACUUGGGCAGAUUCAGAUGUUGCUGCUGAGAGGGGGGCGUGGAGGAGCUCGAACAUACAUGUGCACCCAGUGUGCACCCAGCGGUGCUCUUUGCAGCACCAGCUGAUCUUAGCAUAAAUGUUUCCAACUUCUUUUUUGAGAAGUGGAGAAGGUCAUUCAUUGUGCAUGCCCACACCUGCAUUCUUAGGAUUAUUGAGGGCAUCACGUGGAAUUCGCCAGCUUUUGGCCUUCCUCCUCCCCUGAAGGGCAUCCUGUUGAAAUACUCCCUACCGAUUAAGGCCCAAUUUGCAUACGCAGCUAGAGGAGGAAGAGAACAAAUGGGCUGCUCCCUUCCAGAAGGUCCUCCCAGGUUCUGCCUCUGGCAUCUCAAGUUAUUAGGCCAUUGGUAGCAAGUCACGGGGAUCCUUCACCCGCAGAGCCUGGCAGUCAAAAGUAGGCAGACCUGGAGCAAGGAUGACCUCCGGCAGAUUUCUGCCUCCAGACUGCCAGUGGAGAGGCCAAUUCUGAAUCCUCUGUAAAAAAACAAAGAAAUCAAAACCUCCUUGCAGGCAAAGAAGCAGCACUUCACAGUUCAUUUAUUUGUUAUUUAUUUAGAAAGAUUAUUACGCUUUUCCUUACAAAAUAAAUACAUGCAGCUAGAGUGGGCUUGCAGCAUACAAAUUCAUAUAAAAACACAUGGAGCUUGGAGUUCUAGCUUAGCUUCCCCCCCACACACACACACUGCUCCUUUUCUAGGGCGUGGCUUCGUCAUUUUGAAAGCACAGGGGAGCGUUCAAAAGUCAAUUCGUUCACCUGCAGCCUGAAGUGGUAUAGUCACCUCCCUCAUGUCAGGACUCUCCCACUUCAUACCGCUGCUCAUUUUUCUGGACGCUCAGGCCUUGGAUGUCAUAAGAUGUAUUUUUGUGUGUUAGCUGUGGCUGUCCUUGAGCACGUUUGAGCACUGGUUAUGUGCUGGAUGCUGUCGAGGGGGGUACAGUACCCAUUGUGAAGUGGGGUUGGCUUUGAACGUCUGAAAGCUCAGUUUGUUGCCACCAGGAGCUGAAGGUAGCAUUUCUGGAGAAACCUGCAUGCAAGGGGACCAUGGCAGAUGAGUCUCACUUGGCUGGGACCUCUCACCUGCCCCGUGCCCUUGGGGAAUGUUGGUCGCAUCUCCUUUGCAUGCAGAAGGUCCCAGGGUAAAAGCCGGGAUCGGGAGAGGCUUCUGCCUAAAACCUUGGAGAGCUGCUGCCAGUCAUUGUAGACAGAACUGAGAUACAUGGACUAAUUGAUUCAUAGAAUCACAGCAUUGCAGUAUCCUGUGUGCUCAGUCAUUAAAAAAUAAAAUCAGGGAGGACAGGGGAAGGCAAUCUACAGCGCUGUCACUCCUGAACAACACCCCUGGACCAUGUGAAAGUUUUUGGGAGUGAGCUUGCAAGUACAACAUCCUAAGUUAGUAAGACUUGGGCGGGCAAUUGAAAUCCUUUACAAGUUCCGUAGGGUGGCCUCGACUCCCAGUUCUCCCAGCAACUCCAGCAACUAUAUUAACUUUAUAUGAGACGACAUUUUCUCAGCAUGAAAUAUUUGCAUGGAGGCAAGCCAGGGAGAGGCUGGAAGGGUUUCGGACUGGAUGCUGUGGGUUCGCAAUUCCACGCAGUCACGACCUUCUUAGACCCGGGAUUGUCACGCUCAACCUAACCUACCUCACAGGCUUGUUGUGAGGAUGUACUGGAGAGGGAAAAACUUUUAAGCUCCCCAAAGGACAGGUUGGAUAUAGUAAUGAAGGUUAAUUAUCAGCCCUGCAUAAGAGAGUUUUCCUAGGUUGACGCUGUUUCAUGGUGGCACAGCUGGAGAUAAUCUUAAUCACCAAAAGAUUCUUACUGGGCCAGCAGUGGUUUGUGUUAAAUUAGUAGUGGUUAGCUGCCACUACUGCAAUAAAUGACUUCAGCGAUAGUUUACUAGUGCCGGGGGGGGCGGCUUGUAAAAGACAGCACAGUCCAUUCUGCGCUGGACCAUCCAUCUGUCUUCCUGGGCAUAAAACGUUUCGUACAGUGUCCACUAGAAAAUUCACCAUUCCCCCAUGAUCCUUCACUCACUGCACAGAAAUAUGGGUUAGUUAGCUGCAAAAUUUAUUAACAUGGAGGCAAAGCAAGAACUACACCUGUUGCUUGAACCAAACAGAAAAACCCGAAUCCUCAAAAGUACGGAGUUGUUUAUUGCAGGAAUUGGUGUGGAAAUUCACUCCCUCGAAAGAGGAGCUGUAAACCCUAAUUGAUGCAAACCCUUGAUGGCUUGCUAAUGUGAGACCAUUCACACCGUUGCUUUCUCACCAAGUGGUCAAGUUUCUCAGUCACUUUGGGAUGGCGGUUUGCAUCACUGGUCAUCUGGCCAAGGUGAAGUCUUCAAAAAGUGAGAUGUUGGAUUUCUACCGAACUUUUCAAAUGACCCCGUUUCGUACAGAGCUCUCAAAACGCCAUCCGAAAAGCAAGGGGUCAGGGAGGAGGGAUCGAUUGAGUUGGAAUUUAGCUGAAGUUGCAUUUAGCUCUGCCACAUAAAGUAAUCUUUUUUAAAAAAAUGCUUUUGUAAAAUGAAGUGGUUGCACUGAAUUUCUCCCUAUGGCACUUGAAUGUCCACUUCUGCUGAAGAAACAUCUUGCAGGUGAGAAAACAGCUAUUUGAAUCCACACUGAAGCUUUUCAGCUAUCUUGACAAUCAGGUCCUCCACGUUAAUAGGGUAAGUGGCAAAUGUGCCCAAAGGAUCUUUGCAUGCCACUGAAAUUCAACGUGCUUAAUUGUUCAACUCCCACCCUGGCCUUACGCAGAGUUAGACUGGGCCUAAGCCCAGUGAAAUCAAGGAGCGCUGAAGCUUCUAAUUCUGCCUUAGACUGGACUGUUAGCCGCAUUAAAAUCGGACGGCACAAUGUGCUUUUGUGCUUGAUGCCACGAAAAGGGCUACAGCUAGAGAAGCAGUCCUAUGCAUCCAUCAGAAUGUGCUUGGGCCCUGUUUCUUGCCAUGCGCUCUUCGAGAGACCAGCCCAGGAAAGACCAUGGGGCCUUUCCUCCUUCCUAGGAGCGUUUUAAGUUGAGGACAAGACUGCCACAUAACAAAGCUAGCAUACCGGUAUAAUUCAGCAGAGCCGGGGGGGGGUGGGGUGGAGGAAUUUAUCAUCUCGCUACUGUAGUUCUCCAGCUGUAUGGAGAACCAAACGUCACUUCUUAGAACGAUGCAUUCGGAAUGAAAGACAAUCACCCUGAACAUGGUGCCCAUCAAGGUGGGAGCUGGGCACACCAGGGGGCAGUUCUGUGAGAGAGAUGGAGGGAGGAGAGGCAAUGGUCCGUUGGAACCUGUGCUUUGGUGUGACUCUCAUAUGUUUCCAUGUGUCCAAGGAGGCCUGCCCCCCGCGAUACAUUCUCACCCAUAUAUCUGAAACCAUCUCCCCCACCCCACCCCAACUGCUUCCCUUUCUUCGUGGUACCCAUUCCCGGGCAUCUCCAAAUGUUGUUUUGAAUUGUUUCUCUCUUUUUUUUGUCGUCGUCUUUUUCUUUCUUCUGAUGCCAAGCAUUAAUGCAUAAGUGUAUUUUGAAAAGUUAAAAUGAAAAAAAAAAGAUUUUCAGUCUAUCACUUGUAACCAUAUAUAAAUAUAAAUAUAUAUAAAUAUAUAUUAAAAAGUGUUUAUUUGCAAAAAAAAAAAGGAAGGAAGGAGAAAAAAAAUCCAACGCAAAAAACUAAAAAAAAUGUUUUAACUGUAAACUCUCUUAUAGACUUCUGAUUUGUGACGACCUGUCCUUUUGGUAAUCAUUGACAAAAUAAUUCCUCAGCUUGAGUACUGUAAUAAAAUAAAUAUUAAUAUCGGCGCCACUGAAAACCCUUGAAGGGAGAAAUCUAUGUACUGUAUGUAUUUAAAACAAAACCCACAGCUGUAUGAAAUAAAUGUUUAUUGCCUUUUUUCAUACUUGGCGUGAGUUUCCUUGUUGGUGAAAAGAAAGCAGGGCAGAGCUUGAGCCAAAGAGCCUUGUGUAUUGUGCUCUGAAUCACAACUUACAGGAAGUAUUUUAAGGUGGCACCUGCUAACACAUUCACCCCACAUUCAACUACAAGUUAUAGGGCUGAUUCUCAGGUAAUACUAAGCAAUCCUUCUCCAACCUGGUGCCCUUAUGAUGUGUAGGACUACAAAUCCCACCAAUCAUGGCCACUGGUCACGGAUGAUGGGAGUUGUAGUCCAAAAUCUCUGGAGGGACCUAGGUUGGGCAAGCCUGCACUAAACAACGGAGGAGCCUUCAAAGGUCAUCACAUCCAUGUUCUUUCUGUUCCCCACUUGAUGGACACCUGUCAUUCAUGGACUGAAGCCAACCAUAGUUUGCUGCAUUUUCUGAACUGCUGGGGUACUGCUUGUUUCCAAGAACGAGCCUGGUUUUUCUAGCUGAUUAAGAUGAAAUUGCAAACCAUGGUUUGCCUUAAAAGAAGGAGGGACGAAAUUGCCACACAUAAGAAAGGAAUGGAUCUCUGGCUUGCUGUUUCUCUCUGCAAAUCCAAGUGUUUAACCACGUGCCAUUCAAAGUUACAUGCAUCUUGCCAUUUAAAUUAGGUGCAUUUUGUAUCUUGAGUUGAGCUGGUGAAGUGAACAGGGUUCUUGCUGCUAGAGAGAGCUGAAAUCCCACAGAUCCUUUCAACAUUAUAGCCUGGGUCACAAAUACAGUGGUACCUCAGCUUAAGUACACAAUUGGUUCCGGAAGUCUGUACUUAACCUGAAGCGAACUUCCCCAUUGAAAGUAAUGGAAAGUGGAUUAAUCUGUUCCAGACGGGUCUGCGGAGUACUUAAACUGAAGCGUACUUAACCUGAAGCGAACUUUCCCAUUGAAAGUAAUGGAAAGUGGAUUAAUCUGUUCCAGACGGGUCUGCGGAGUACUUAAACUGAAGCGUACUUAACCUGAAGCGAACUUUCCCAUUGAAAGUAAUGGAAAGUGGAUUAAUCUGUUCCAGACAGGUCCGCGGAGUAGUACUCAAACCGAAGCAUACUUAAACCGAGAUGACUGUAAUGCUAAGGCAUGGCAUGUUUAAUAAAUCACAAAUUAACCACAAACAGACAAAAAGUUUGCUUUCUUUUCCACCUGCUCCUGCCUUACACUUAAUGUAGUUUGGUGAGCAUCCAGGGUGGGGUGAUCAAACAAGUCAUAGUCAAUGAAUGGAGAGUGCUAGGUUCACCAAACCAUAGUUAAAGGCUUGUAAGCCAACAACCAACCAUGGUUUCAGACGGUGGCUUGUUGGCAGUAAACAAACAAACUGGGCAGGGUUCACACAUAAUGUUAAGACAGAGUUCAAUUAACUAUUGUUUAAUAAGCCAUGGUUUACCGAUUUCUGCAAACCACGCCUAUUUCCACCCAAAGAAUUUUUUUUAAAAAAUGGUGCAAAUUGCAGGCAAAGCUGCUGGUACGGUUUUCUAGCGGCAAAUUCCAUGUGUAAGUCUUUUCUUUUUUCUACAUUUUUUUAAUGACCCCUCUGUGUUUACGCCGUUGGUUGAAGAACGAGAAGCACUCGAGAGACAAAAUUGGCACGGCUUUUCCAUCUGCUUCCUGCAGCUGAAGCCUGACAGCUGUCCUGAAAAGCUUGUAGUUGUAAAAACCAAAGCUGUUUUCGUGGAAUAAACAUGGCGCAUCAGGGGAUGGGUCGCUGGAGCCACACAGCGGCGCCUGACGUGUUGGCGAUGAGACGGCAGCAUCAGGUGGAAGCUGACUGGAGCUCGCAGCUCUCCUGGGGAUGAUCUGAGAACACGAGAGGGGUCUCUCGGGAGAUGUUGUUCCUGUCGUUCGCAACAAGGGGGCGGGAUGGGAGGGCACAGAAAUGUUUCUGCCUAACGCCAAGCACUUGUUUGUUUGCUCUGCCGCUGGGAAGCUUGCCAAUCUGGCAAAGGCUAACGAUUCUUUCCGUUGUAGGUAAAUAAAAUGCUGAACAUGGCACUGCAAAAAUUAAAUAUACCACCGUGGGGUUUUCAGGGGAGGGGACAGGAAUUUUUACAGAGAGCCCUGAAAAGAAAAUUGGAAUCUAUUCUAUUACCGCUGUCAGCUUUUACACAAGGCCUUUCCAUUCACACCAGGCUUCUCGCAUAGCUCAGUUGGUUGGAGUGUGAUGCUGGCAAUACCAAGGUCGCAGGUUUGAUCCCCGUAUGGGGCAUAUUCCUGAAUGGCAGGGGGUUGGACUCGAAUCAGGGGUCAGCA